ACGGGGCUUCGCUUCUUGUUCCGGGUGCUGCUGCUGCUCUUCCCCUCAAAGCAGAGGAAAAGUCGUGGGCUCAUGUGUCAACAUCCAGGGUUUCCCCCCGCGGAGGCGUAGCGUUCUUUCGACGGCCCCGGUGUUCCCGCGCCCCCGUGCCCCCGGCCCCGGUUUCCCGCGCUGAGCGGAGGAUGACGGAGUCUCCGGCCGCCUGAUCACACCUGCAGCUUAGCUUAGCCGGCUAGCGGGCUGCUCGCCACGGCGACGGGAAAACGCGGCCAAACGACACUUUGCUGACAUGAUGUUUCCUCAAUCCAGACACUCGGCAUCCUCUCAGUCCAGUCAACCUCUGAAAUUCACCACUUCUGACUCGUGUGACCGCAUCAAGGAUGAGUUCCAGUUCCUCCAAGCACAGUACCACAGUUUGAAGUUGGAGUGCGAUAAACUGGCUUCUGAAAAGUCAGAGAUGCAGCGCCACUACAUCAUGUACUAUGAAAUGUCCUACGGGCUGAACAUCGAAAUGCACAAACAGGCUGAAAUAGUGAAGAGAUUGAAUGGGAUCUGUGCUCAGGUGCUGCCUUACCUGUCUCAAGAGCACCAACAGCAAGUCAUGGGCGCCAUAGAGAGAGCCAAGCAGGUCACACCCCCUGAGAUGAACUCCAUCAUACGGCAACAGCUGCAGGUGCAGCACCUGUCCCAGCUGCAGGGCCUGGCCCUGCCGGUGACCCCGCUGCCCCUGGGACUCACCCCACCCUCCCUGCCUGCCGUCUCCUCCAGCUCCGGCCUGCUCUCCCUCUCCUCCAUCCUGGCCAACUACUCUCACGGCCAGCCGCAGGCAGUAAAGGAGGACAACGCCAGAGAGGCUGCAGAGAGGGCGCCCAGAGGAGAGGACGGCGACAAGUCAGACUAGGUUAGACAAGUGCAGGCACAUCGAGGAGGUCAGGAGGAGGGGGAUGGAGAUGUGAGGUGUCCCUAGUAUCGGAAGAAGAGAGGUUAGGCUGUAACUGUAAACCGUGAUUGAUGUAAGUCUGGUUGCAAAAUAUCGUAGAAGAGUAAUUACACAGGCAUGAUGAGCAGAGAGGAUGGAGUUGAAACUUUUGGAUGUGCAGAGGAUCAAACUCUGGUGGAAACUGAGUGUUAAUUUUCUUAUUAGUUAGUGGUAAUAGAUUCAAUUGAUGCUUGUAUACUUUGAAUUGAUUUCUGUUUCUCUUCUUUUUGUAAGUCACUGUUGGACUCAAACGAGAUAAAUGUUUUCCCAGUUGGAAAGAGCUGACGAAGCAACUAUAACUGCAGCCUACUGUCCACGCAGCCAUUUCAUGCACAUUUAUUUUAUACUUUAGUCCGCUUUUUUUUCUUUCUUUUUUUUCUUCAGGGUCCCUUUUGAUUCCAUCUCAUUGUUUCUGCUGUGUUUCCAUCACAGCCAGUUUCAAGAACACCUCAAAUAUUAAGUGCAUAUCCACAUUACUUUGGGUUUUUUUUUUCUCCACGGAAUUAAAUUGAUGCUUAAAGUUAUUUGGUUAGUUUUGUCAUUGAUGUAUUUGAGCUUACAUUGACUUUAGUCUAAAGUUCAGUUUAAUGUUUUUAAUGUGCAUUCAAUCCCAGAAAGCUCUAUUUUUGACUUGUCAUGUUUGGUUAGUUGGCAGGAAUAUCCUUAGACUUUAAACGUGUGAGUGUGUGUGUCAAAGUGAAUGUGACUGGAAACGAGACCUCGCUUCUUUUCCUCCUUUCCUUUUUCUUUAUACAUUUUCCAUAUUGCCUCCCGACCACCUUCAUUUGUAAAAAAAGGCGCUGCUUUGGUUUAAAAAUCUACAGAUUUAGACUAAACUUGAACAGGAUCUACAGAACUGGGCAGGAGUAGCAUUUAUUUUCUAGUAAGCAGAGCUCUUCUGUUUAUACUAGGGGUCUAUUAAAAAUUGAUUUGCUGUUUUUUUUUUUUUUUAGUUCUCAGGCUUUGAAUUAAAUAAACUUUUUUUUUUUCGACAGAGAGGUGCUAAAGUUCUCUAAACAGCAGAAAGUGCUCCCCAAGUUUAGUCUAAGUCCAGGCCUCUGCGAUAACUCUAACACUUCAGAGAAUCUCAGCAAAAGUAUCUGACAAUAUCUGAAACGAUUACACACAAACCGUUUUCCCAUAUUCUUUUCUUCUACCGUCGGAGAUCGUGGCAUAUUUACGUUAACGUACUUUGAGCAUGACUCUCCCCUCUCCUUCUUCCUUGUUUCACAGACUAAAUACGGCUUAUUAGCCUUCUUUAAUGUAAAUACAUUAAUUGGAGAUGUAGACAGCGAGUUGGAGGUGUGGGAAUUGGUUUGUGUCACUUUUUGGGGGCUUGUUUUGGAGAGCUGAUGUAUGGAGCAGUGAAAAAUGAAGCAUAGUCAGAACAGCCUUGAUUCACUGCACAUUUAUUUGUUCUUUUUAAGAAUGAACACCUCAGAAAAAAUUAAUUAAAAACUCUUUGAGAAACACUUUGCUUUUUUCUUAUUUUUACUCUGACACCUGUCUUUUGAAAUAAUUGUUAAAUUGACAUUCUUUGGCAGUUUUCUAUUUGCAUAAGCCACUGUAGGCUGAGCUUUUGUUUACCAAGUGCAGAAACUUGGUGCAUGAUGCUUGCUGCUAGUGUUUUGGGAAGAACUGGGACACAUCUGGCUUUGAGAUUGAGGACCGUCUGCAGAUUUAGCAGCAGAGGGCACCAGCGCUCUCCGGUCUAGCAUGCGGUCAACAAGGCAGGCCUUUAAAAAAGAUUCAGGCUUUUGCAUCAUACUAUGAAGCAGGAUCGGCCGAGCGAACUAACUUCAAUUCAGAUCAAAUCUGGCUUUUGAGUAUCGGAAGGCUAAGUUUCAUUAAGGUUAAAUUCCAAGACAUGAACACGUGUAAAAGCACCAAGAUCAGUUGGUUCUAUUGGAGAAUAUAAAGAAGAAACAAAAUGAGACUCUUCUGCCUUUGAAAAGUCUCUCAUCUCUCUUGACUUUUUAUAAAAAGCAUCAUUAAGAGCGAGGUCUCGGCAGUAGGAAAACCUUCUGUUGCCUAAAUCUCAGCUGAAUACCUGAAACUUGCUCCUCUUAAAGGUUUGAAAGUAGCGCUAAUCCCUUCUCUUUAUUAAAGCCACUCUAUCGCAAUACCACCGCUGACCACAGGGGCGCAUAUAGAUCUGCUGUCGCGACAAGAGCAAUUUGCAUAAAAUAUUGUAUGUUUUUACAAUCACAUUAACUCAACAUCCAUAUUACAUAAUUGUUAAAAACUAAUGACAACCUGUACAACUAAAAACCCCUUUAUUUGGUGUUUUUGAGCUUGAUUGAGGAGCGACGUACAGUUAUAAAUCAUGUGAUCUACUCAUGCUUUAUGAUUCAGCUAUGACAUUCAUUGGUUUAUUACUUUAAGCACUCGCAUUGUAUCUUUCUUUUUUUUGCUGCUCUGUUGCUUUUUCAGCCUGCUUAAAAAUUCUCAUUAGUUGAAUAUUAGUUUUCCUUUUGGUUAGAAGUAUGCAGCUGCAGAUCCAUGGCUGUGAUUAGUGCCAACACCGUCCGUUUAUUUAAAUUAGAUGGGGGAUCAGGGGGCUGACUACAAGUAAAUAACGAGUGUUGUGAUGCCGCUUGGCACGAUUAGUUAAGCCAGUAAAGUCAGGAUAUGUUGGACCUGCUUUGUAGUUCAGUUUUGGGUUGGUCUUUUUGUUAUGAUUAUUAUUAUUCUUUUUUUCCUGACUUAGAUUUAAUCCCCCUGUUUUGUCAGUGAUUUCCAGAAUGUAAAAAAAAAAACAAAACAAAAAAAAAAAAACCUCUUGCGUCUGAGACACGAGCUUAAACGGCUUCUCUGUAUUUUAAUUUCAGCUUUUCUGUGUCAGUGCUGUUAUGUUUUCCUUCUUUCCGUUUGAAUUGUCGUCGAAGGGUGUGACGCGUUUCCCUUUUUGGAGAUUUGACUGAUUCGAUAUAUUGAGAAAGCAGAUAAUUAGUUUGCGCUCCACAUACUGAAGUGCUUCCCCGUAGAAAACCAUCUCAGCAACACUUGGAUGAGAACGGCUUGUGAGUUUGCUGUGAAGGGCCAAUUUGUAUACAUAUGAAUAUAUCAUUAUACAUAUUUUUUAAAGUGUUUUUGUAUGUUUCAGAGCUGCUUUUUAAUGUCUGUGUGUCAUGAAAGGCGUGCCUGCGUGUGCGUGCGUCUGCGUAUACAUUACAAGCCUGCAAUAAGAGGCACAAUGUUGUAUGCCAUGUGUUUUUGCCCCUCCCAUCCCCUCCCUUUCUUUCAUUCAUUCUCCCAUUGGGCUGUAAAAUGUAACAUAUUUAGGUUUGUAAAUGUUUUAUCUCCUUUCUUUUUUUUUUUUGUGCAAACUAAACGCUGUUUAAUGUGAUUAUAAGCAUACGUUUUAAAAUAUCUGGGACAAAAAAAGAAAACAAUGUAAGCAAGCAACUGUGUACUCGUGAGAAUGAAUCAACCUUUUAGCCGUAAGGAAGCUUCUCUGGUGCCUUACAAAUAAAAGACAUGAUAAGAGUCAUCAUUUGUGUAUGCCUGAUAGUAUGUUGUGUUGCUAAGACCUUAAAGGUAGGGUAAGCGAUUCUACAUGAUUUCUUAACCAGUAAAUAUCUCUUCACCAUCUGCUAGCUGCCCACUUUGAUCGUUCAGGGUUUAGAAAAGAAAAAUGUCACACGAAACAAAAAUGUCCUUUGUGGAUGAUGUCCAAAAAUCACUUACCCUGCCUUUAACCGCCACACCUACAGGGGGACCACCUGAGCUAAAAUAUAUAGUGUAUCUUGACAUCGCAAAAAGAUGAUUAAUAUUUGUUGUCAUCCAGAAAUCCCUCAUCUGUAACCUCAUUUUUUUUUUUUUUUUUUUUAAAUAAAUAAUUAAUCUGUAGGUUGUUCUGUAGAUUUCCUGUAGCGGUCAAACUCCCAUCAUCAGUACAAGAUGUUAGGGGGAAAGUAAUUCAGCUCUGUUAUAUUGCAUGAGCUUUUUGAAUUUCCAUGAUGAAUGUGUGCUGUUAUCAAAGCUAAAGUUAGACCAACACAUUUUUAUGUCUUGUUUUUUUUUUAAUUUUAUUUGGGUUUCUUUUGAACCGGCAGUACAGUGGGAGGUUUGGCAAGCUCAUUUAGAUGCAAGCUUGUGGUAUGAGGACUUUUGACCUGAUUGUUUUUCAGAUGAGUAAACAUUUCACUGUAACCUUGUCAGAUUAAAGCUGCCCUAAUCAAUCAAUAUUUUCUUAUUAAAAAUGGAUCAAAGUGACA